GGGCUGGGGGCACCGCAGACUCCAGAGAUGUGGAGCACCUCGUCUAGGGCAGCCCCUGCCCGGCACCAGGGGACACAGUCUGGCCCAGCUGGGGCUGGGCUCCUGGGUGGAUGGCCCAGCUGCGGAUACCCACGGGCUUGACAAGACUCUAUGGAGUGGCUCAGGGACGUCCUGCGCCCAGCAGCACCCAGGAGGACAGUGCUCAGCACUGCUGGGGGUGGGUCACAUUUGGCCUCUCCUAACGGUGAGCAGGCAUUUACCUUGUGGACGUCUUGAACUGCCUGCUGGGAGAGUGUGUGGUGUGGUGUCCGGUGAGUAUCUGUGCCAUUGCCAACCUGUCUCCAUUGGCCACGAGGCACCCCUCCUGGGUCUGUGAUCUAGACUCCUGGGUCUCUGCAGCCCCUCACGGCCUUGCAGAGACACCCCAGGUUCAUGGGUCAGGUUUCCAGGGCUCUAGACCAGCUCUGCCUUGGCUUUCCCAUCGUCUCUGUCUUCCAAUUUGCUGUAGGCAUGCCAUGGCAAGGGCUGUCAGCAGCAACAUCUUCCUCCUUACCUUCCCCCGGCCCACACUAAAUCAUGGAGUGAGGAGGAGCUGUCUCCAUGCCACCUGCUGACAGUGAGGGUCAUCCGGAUGAAAAACGUCCAACAGGCUGACGUGGUAAGCCAGACAGACUGCUUUGUGAGCCUCUGGCUGCCCACAAGCUCUCCUAAGAGGCUGAGGACUAGGACCAUCUCCAACUGCCGAAACCCAGAGUGGAAUGAAAGCUUCAAGUUCCAGAUCCAGACCCGGGUGAAGAACGUGCUAGAGCUGAGUGUCUGUGAUGACGACAUGUUGACACCAGAUGACCAUUUCUUGACAGUUCUCUAUGACCUCACCAAGCUCUGCUUCCGAGAGAAAACCCACGUGAAGUUCCCACUCAACAGAGAGGGCAUGGAGGAGCUGGAGGUGGAGUUCCUGCUGGAGGAGAGCCCCUCUCCACCUGAGAGUCUCAUCACGAAUGGCGUGCUGGUGUCUCGACAAAUGUCCUGCCUGGAGGUUCAUGCAGAAUCCAGGAGACAGAAGAAUAGGAAAGUGAAGGGCCUCCCGGUGACAGUGACGGAGUCCUUCGAGCACACCCAGCACAUCUCACACUGCCUGGAGCCCUGCGGCCCAAACCCUGCCUGCUUCCACUACCCCAAGUACUUCCAGCCCCAGGUCCACGUGGAGGUGCCCAAGAGCCAGUGGAGCUCUGUGCUUUGCUGCUGCAGUGCGUGCAAGAACGACCCUGUGUGCCAGUCCCUGGAUUGCCUCCCUGACGGCCAGGCGGUGACCCUGCCUGUGAACAAGAAUUGUGAAUUACACAUGAAGUCUACACCCUGCUCCGAGGCACUGGACGUGCGGCUAGGCUUCAGCCUGUGCCAGGCAGAGCUGGAGUUCCUGCAGAAGCGGAGGGUGGUGGUGGCUGAGGCGCUGAAGCAGGUGUUGCAGCUGGAGGAGGACCUGCAGGCAGACGAGGUCCCACUGAUAUCCAUCAUGGCCACUGGGGGUGGGACAAGAUCCAUGACUGCCAUGUAUGGCCACCUGCUGGGGCUGCAGAAGCUGAACAUUCUGAACUGUGCCAGCUACAUCACUGGCCUGUCAGGGGCCACCUGGACCAUGGCUACCUUGUACCGUGACCCUGACUGGUCCUCCAAAAACCUGGAGCUUGCCAUCCUCGAGGCGCGGAGGCACGUAGUCAAGGACAAGACGCCCGCUCUGUUCCCAGAUCAGCUCCUCAAAUUCCGGGAGGAGCUGCAGCAGCGCAGGCAGGAAGGCUACAAAGUCACCUUCACAGACUUCUGGGGUCUGCUGGUCGAGGCCUGUCUGGGGGACGAGAGAUAUGAAUGCAAACUGUCAGAUCAGCGUGCUGCUUUGUGUCAGGGCCAGAACCCCCUGCCUAUCUACCUCACCAUCAAUGUCAAGGAUGAUGUAAGCAACCAGGAUUUCAGAGAGUGGUUCGAGUUCUCCCCCUACGAGGUGGGUCUGCAGAAGUAUGGAGCCUUCAUUCCCACCGAGCUCUUCGGCUCCGAGUUCUUCAUGGGGCGGCUGAUGAGGAGGAUCCCAGAGUCGCGGAUAUGCUACAUGCUAGGUCUGUGGAGCAGCAUCUUCUCCCUGAACCUGCUCGAUGCCUGGAAUUUGUCCCACACCUCGGAGGAGUUUUUCCACAGGUGGACAAGGGAGAGAGUGCAUGAUAUCGAAGAUGAGCCACUCCUACCUGAAAUCCCUAAAUGUGAUGCCAACAUGCUGGACACCACGGUGGUGAUGCCAGGGUCAUGGCUGUCCAAUACUUUCCGCAACAUCCUCACCUCCCGGGCCUUUUUGUCUGAGUUCCACAACUUCCUGCUGGGGCUGCAGAUGCACACCGACUACUACCAGAAUGGCCAGUUCUCCACGUGGAAGGACUCGGUGCUAGAUGGCUUCCCAAACAAGCUGACAGCGUCCGUGAACCACUUGUGCCUGCUGGACACUGCAUUCGUCAUCAACUCCAGCUACCCGCCCGUCCUCAGGCCGGAGAGAAAAGCUGACCUCAUCAUCCACCUCAAUUACUGUGCUGGGUCCCAGACAAAGCCCAUGAAACAAACCUGCAAGUACUGCACCGAGCAGAACAUCCCCUUCCCCAAAUAUGAGGUGCAGGAGGAGGAGGAUAACCUCAAGGAGUGCUACCUGAUGGAGAGCUCCCAGGAGCCCGAUGCCCCCACUGUGAUUUUCUUCCCACUCAUCAGCGACACCUUCCAAAAGUACAAGGCCCCAGGUGUGGAGCGAAGCCCCGAGGAGCUGGAGCAGGGCCAGGUUGACAUCUAUGGUCCCAAAUCUCCCUACGCCACCAAGGAGCUGACGUACACAGAGGCCGCCUUCGACAAGCUGGUGAAGCUCUCCGAAUAUAACAUCCUGAAUAACAAGGACAAGCUCCUUCAGGCCUUGCGACUAGCAGUAGAGAAGAAGAAACGCCUGAAGAGCCAGUGUCCCCCUAAAGUCCCAGGACACCCGUAAAGAGUCCCCCCUAAAGUCCCAGGACAGUCCUGUGUCUGCUUCUAGCAUCAGAGGUGCAGAACCCAGGGCUGACCGGCCCUCAGAGCCACCUCCGCUGCCUAGCAAGGGCUGCAGGCAGGCUGGCCUGGGCUUUCUAUCAAAAAAAUUAAAAUUAAAAAAAAAAGGUUGAAGGAGAAAGAGAAAGAGACAAAGGAAAAUAACAAGGGGAUGUAAUGGGGCUUUAUACCCACUGGAAUUUUUUUUUAAACAUCUUUAUUGGA